UGGUAGCGGUGACGUAAAGGCAAAUACUUUAAGAGCCGGAAUGUCAAGUCUGGGAGGAAGCUGGUCAGGAUGUAAGACAGGUGGAUAUAGCAAGAAUAUGUGAGUUAUUUUCACUAGAGGGAGAGAAUGGAAACAAAAGUGGAAGGACCUGUUUUACAGAAGCAGGAGGAAGGGAGGCUUUGUCCUUUUUCCACACUGGCAGCGCUGAGUAGAAAGGGACAUCAGCCUGCUACUGCUCUUUUCCGUCAGAUGGGGACGUUGAACUCUAGGCACAGCCACUAGACUGGAGCUACAAUACUUUAAAUGAAAUAAAAAAAAAAAAACCUGUAAAACCGCACUUGCGGAGGGAGAAAGAGGGAGAGCAGAUGAAAAGGGUGGGACUAAGUGGAGUCGCUAGUGAAGGUGUGACCAAGACAAACAGAAAGAACGAGUCACGUUAUUUAGUGCACAGAAGACCGACAAACUGCGCCAGUUCGAGACUGAAGAGAGCAGUGGAAAUCAAGGUCUUUGCUGUCUCUGGGACUGGAAGGAAUGGAAAAAACAUGAAUGUGAUUAAAAAGUUCUAAAUGUUGGGUCUUUCCUACAGCAUCAAAGACAGUGUUUGAGGCUGUGGAUCACCAAGACCCUGCAUUUGACAAGUGAUUGAUGAAAACUGAAAAAGCAGGAAAAAAAUACAGGUGGUCCCCUAUUUAUGAUGGAGUUGCGUUCCGCAAAACCCAUCCUCCAGGAUGGCAACUGUCAAUUCCACAGGUUAUCGGUGUAAAACUGGCGAUACUUUAUGCGAGAUUGCCGUCUAUGAGCAGGAAGUGAUCGUGGUGCCCGUGGUCCUACUCGCAAUCUUCUUUGUAAUACUGGUCGCCCUGCUCCUGCUGCACUUCUGCCCAGAGAAAGUAAAGCCCCAUACCGCAACUAAUGGGCUCCAAUCUCAGAGGUCCAAGAGAACUCUGCAUGGCAUUGAAGCUCCCAGAGGGUUGGACCCAUUAGAGCAUGAGACCAUUGCCUUGGAUGGCCCCUCAUACUCCACUUUUACCACACCUAAUCACGUGAGCCCUGCCCCCAUACCUGCUCUCCCGGAAUUGCCCAGACAGAGACUGCCAGAGUCCUUCAACCGAGUCUCCGCACUCCCGCUGACCUUCUCGAUGAAAGCUGAUGAUUCUGUCUCUCUGUAUCGGGCAAAGAUGGACAACAGAAAUGUGGUUCUGAGAGUUCUCAAAGACUCCGCAAACGCCAGAGAACGCCAGUCCUUCCUUGCCUUCGCCUCCUUCCUGUCCCAGCUGGGGCCGCACCCAUUCUUGCUGUCCGUGCUGGGUAUCGUCUCGCUGAACGCUCCGCUCGUCACGGUUGUGGAAGAGAUGGGAAACAGAGACCUGCUGGGCUUCCUCUGGAGGUGCCGAGAGGACCACGUGGGUCAGGAGGUCCCAUGUGACAUGACGGAGAAGCGCAUUUUCACCAUGGCAGCGCAAGUGGCUUCUGCGCUGGAUUACCUCCACAAAAAGAACGUUCUGCAUGGCAACAUCUGUGCUCGUAGCGUACUGGUCAGCGAGCAGCUGACAGCCAAGCUGUGGGGACUGGGCAGUGCCUUCCGCAAGUCUCAGGGACUGACUCCCCAUGAGGAUUCUGGGAUGAAGAAAUGGCAGGCCCCCGAGGUGCUGGCCCGGAAGAGUCCCACGGCGGGCAGUGACGUUUGGUCUUUUGGCGCCUUGCUCUAUGAAAUGGUGACCCUUGGGGAUGUCCCUUUCGCAAAUGUCUCUGUGACUGAGCUGCUGCAGUUCCUUCAGAGGGGAAAAACCCUGAAGAGGCCAGCCAACUGCUCCAACUCACUUUACUCCAUCAUCAAAAACUGUUGCCAGUGGAAAGAACACGACCGUGCCACGCUGCCCGAGGUGAUUCGGAAGCUGCAGUCGGGACAGAACACCGCCAACGACAGCGUAGUCCUGCGGGUUUCUGAACCCAUCAACGUCGAACGCUACCUGCAUGAGGCAGGUUAUGGUGAAAGCAUCCAUUACAGUAUUCUCUGAGAGCUGGACUUAGCAUUAUUGCUAAAUGUAUAAGGCUGAUGGAAACCAGAGAAUUUAGACUGACCAUAUCCAUAAACAAGCAGGUACAUGGAUGUGUGUGUAUAGUGUGUCUAUAUAUGUAUGUGGAUCAAUAUCUUCAUUACAAAUGUGUAUUGCAGGAGUAAUAAUACUUGCUAAAUUAUGAAAAAGGGAAUAUGUAUCAUAGCUUAUAUGCAACUGGUGACAUUUUUCUGCUUAGAAGACUUUUGUGGCUGUACUGUCCGUUAAUUGCGGUAACGUUCUUUAAAUGAAAGCCUAAGCGAAAGUGCCAUGCAACCAGUCCGCUGUGGACGAGUUCAGUGGCCUUCGCUGCACGGUCCAGUGCCGGGGGUGCGAUAAUGGUUUCUUCGGGUGUUGUAAGACACACACAUGGCUUUGUUCUGUUGAAUGUCACUAUUGAGGCAAACCUGUUUCUGGAGGCUGUUGCUUGAUGGGACCGUUGGUCUCUUCCGCUCGAGCCAGUCGAAGCCAUUUCCAUAAUGCUGUCUUUAAAACACUUGUUAAAACCAAGUAAUUUGCACUACAACUGGAAAGGGGCACUGAAUUUGACAGCAGGGAAGAGCGCUGCUCCAUGCUUUACAAAUUAUCUCAAAUAAAAAGAUCUGGUGAUGA